AUGAAGCUCCUGACCAAGGAAGAAGAGAGCGCUCACUACCGCUCCGUCGUCAAAGGCGGCAUUAUCGGCAGUGUUCUCGGUCUCGCCGGCGGUACAGCAGGCGUACUCCUCGCUGCACGUCGCUACCACACAAUUCGCAAUCUGACGCUGCCAAUGAAGGCGUUUUUGACUACAUCGUCGGCCACUUUCGUCGGCAUCGUGGCAGCCGACCACGCCUCGCGCGACUUCGAAAUGCAGCACAACCAAGAGCGCCAAUGGUACGAGAACCGCGAGGAGCGGCUCCGUGAAGAGGAACUGCGGGGCCUCAGCUUCACAGACCGCGCCAUGGCCUUUGCCCGCCGCGAGAAGUACAAGAUCAUUGGCGCUACCUGGCUGGCCUCCAUGGUGGGCUCAUUUGCGCUCGUCGGCCGCAACCCCUACCUUUCCGGACAGCAGAAGCUUGUUCAGGCCCGUGUGUACGCCCAGGGUCUGACCCUCGCUGUGCUCUGUGCCUCGGCCGCGUUCGAGAUCUCGGAUCAGCGCCGUGGGAGGGGGAUUCUUGAUGCUGCGAAGCAGAAGAAGGGGAAGCUGGCCAAGGAGGAGCUCAUUGAAACGCAGCCCUCGCACUCGGGAAGUGCGCCGGCUGAGGGUGACCUGUGGAAGGAUAUGGUUGCUGCUGAAGAGCAGCGUCUGAAGAAAAGCCAUCAGUCGCUCUAUGCAAAGCAACAUGAGGAGGAGUCCCCUGAGUCCCAUGAGAAGAAGCAUCCCACUGGCCCGAAUUCAGAGGACGCCAAGAGCAAGGGCCAUCUGCCGCUAGAGGGCGACCUGAAGAACCAGAAGAUUCAGGCUGAGCGCGAAUCGAAGAAGAAGGAUGCUUGA